GAGCGGCCGUUACCUUGACGCAGCCAGUUAUUGACAACUGCAGUCGCUGUCGCUGUUUGUCACCGCUGCUCGUCUUCGCGCCUGACUGCUUUCGGCAUCCAUCAUGAGGGAGAUCGUGCACCUGCAGGCCGGCCAAUGCGGCAACCAGAUCGGCGCCAAGUUCUGGGAGGUGAUCUCGGACGAGCACGGCAUCGACCCCACCGGCACCUACCACGGCGACAGCGACCUCCAGCUCGAGCGCAUCAACGUCUACUACAACGAGGCCACCGGUGGCAAAUAUGUCCCACGCGCCGUGCUGGUGGACCUGGAGCCCGGCACCAUGGACUCAGUGCGCUCCGGCCCCUUUGGGCAGAUCUUCCGGCCAGAUAACUUUGUGUUUGGGCAGAGCGGCGCAGGCAACAACUGGGCCAAGGGCCACUACACAGAGGGGGCAGAGCUGGUGGACUCGGUGCUGGAUGUGGUGCGGAAGGAGGCCGAGAGCUGUGACUGCCUGCAGGGCUUCCAGCUCACGCAUUCGCUGGGGGGCGGCACGGGCUCUGGCAUGGGCACCCUCCUCAUCAGCAAGAUCCGGGAGGAGUACCCCGACCGCAUCAUGAACACCUUCAGUGUGGUGCCCUCCCCGAAGGUCUCGGACACUGUGGUGGAGCCCUACAACGCCACCCUCUCAGUGCACCAGCUGGUGGAAAACACAGAUGAGACCUACUGCAUCGACAACGAGGCCCUCUACGACAUCUGCUUCCGGACCCUCAAGCUGACCACCCCCACCUACGGCGACCUCAACCACCUGGUCUCUGCCACCAUGAGCGGCGUCACCACCUGCCUGCGCUUCCCUGGGCAGCUCAAUGCCGACCUGCGCAAGCUGGCCGUCAACAUGGUGCCCUUUCCCCGUCUGCACUUCUUCAUGCCGGGCUUUGCCCCGCUCACCAGCCGCGGGAGCCAGCAGUACCGGGCUCUGACCGUGCCGGAGCUGACGCAGCAGAUGUUUGACGCCAAGAACAUGAUGGCGGCCUGCGACCCCCGACACGGGCGCUACCUGACGGUGGCGGCCGUCUUCCGAGGCCGCAUGUCCAUGAAGGAGGUGGACGAGCAGAUGCUCAACGUGCAGAACAAGAACAGCAGCUACUUUGUGGAAUGGAUCCCCAACAACGUUAAGACAGCCGUCUGCGACAUCCCACCCCGCGGCCUCAAGAUGUCGGCCACCUUUAUCGGCAACAGCACCGCCAUCCAGGAGCUCUUUAAGCGCAUUUCGGAGCAGUUCACGGCCAUGUUCCGGCGCAAGGCCUUCCUGCACUGGUACACGGGCGAGGGCAUGGAUGAGAUGGAGUUCACCGAGGCCGAGAGCAACAUGAACGACCUGGUCUCCGAGUACCAGCAGUACCAGGAUGCCACCGCCGAGGAGGAGGGCGAGUUUGAGGAAGAGGCUGAGGAAGAAGCCGCCUGAGGCCUGCUUGCUGCCUGUUGGACUUUAUUUGUCUCACGCUCGUUUUUCCUGUUACUUUACUGUUCUGCUCUCCCUCUGUGUCACCUCUCUGAUGUUGUACAGGCAUUAAAAGCAUUUUUACCCUGCA